AUGGUUUCAAAAGCAGUUGAAAGGGAGUUAGUUGAACUGUUUGAGAUAGCAAUGGAGGCUGCAGAUAGAGUAGCCCACAGUAAGGGACCUCCCAAAGGAGAAGAGCAAAGAUGUCUUGAUGCCCUAAAAGCCCUUCGUUCUGUUCCUGUAAAUACCAGUAUUCUCUUGUCUACAGGGAUUGGGAAGAAACUCAGAAUUAUUACAAGGCACCCCAUAGAGGAUAUUAGAACUCAAGCCACGGAAUUAUUUGAAGUAUGGAAGAAAAUUGUUUCCUCAGAAAUUAAUGAUACUAAUGAAAACCAAACUUCUAAGUCUCAAGCCAAGAAACCCAUUAAGAAACCUUCAAAUUCUGAAUAUAAAAUUUCUUCCCAGGAUGAAAGCUCUUCCAGGGAAACAAAACCCAAGUAUGAGAAGACUGAAAGGAUAGAGUCUUCAAAUGCCAGAGUUGAGAGGAAGAAAAACUUGGAAAAAGAUACAGCAACUAAACCUGAAAGAGGAGAGGCUUCAAAGUCAAGUGUUGAUAAGAAAUUUAAGGGAGGAGAAGAUAAAACAAAGGCUACAGUGGAGAAGAGAAAAUAUCAGGAAGAAGAAAAUGAAAUACCCAGAUGGGAAAAGGAAAGGAUUGGUAUCAAUGGUAAGCCAGAAGAAGAUAGAAUGCCGAAUUUUGAUAAGAAACGCAAGCUAAAAGAAAAUAGAAUACCCAUUUGUGAUGGUCCAGAGUUGAUAGAGGCUAGGGUUGAUAAGAAUCUUAAGAUAGAAGAAGAUAGAAUUCCAAAUGACCCCCCUCAAAGGCCUAUAAAUUUUCCCAAGUGCAAUGAUCCACCUAGAGAUAAAUACAGGGAGCUUGUAGCAAAUGCUUUAAAUAGAGUUUAUAGUGAAGCUGAUGGGGACGACUUGGAAAGGGCAAAUAAAUGUGACCCUGGUAAUGUUGCAGAUAAAGUUGAAACAGCAUUAUUUAAGAAGCUGGGCAAUAAAGAUGGGCCUCAAAAGAUGAAGUAUAGGUCAAUAUUUUUCAACAUGAAUGACCAAAGGAACCCUGACUUUAGAAGGAGGGUUCUCUUAGGGGAAGUGGAGCCUGAGAGACUCUAUAACAUAUCAGCAGAUGAAAUGGCCAGUGAUGAACUGAGAUUGAAGAGGCAAAGGAUUAAAGAUAAAGCUCUUUUUGAUUGUGAAAGAGGAAUCAGUCAAAGUGCUACAACAGAUCAGUUUAAGUGUGGUAAAUGUGGGCAAAGGAAGACUAGUUAUUAUCAGAUGCAAACAAGAAGUGCAGAUGAACCUAUGACUACUUUUGUCACUUGUGUAAACUGUAAUAACCAUUGGAAAUUCUGCUGA